AUGGCGCUUGCGGGUGAGUCCCCUGUUGCCAAGACCUCGCUGCCGGCCAAGAAGCUUGUGGCAUGGUUUAAGAGCGAGGACGCAGGGCCCAACUGGCGGAGCAGCAUUGGGAAGUUCAGCGCGUCGGCUGGGCGGAACUCUGGAGUCUUCUCCUACACCUCCAGGGGCUACGGUGCCAAAGCCCGGGUGCGAUACAUUCAAGGCUCCAUCAAGGACACCUUCCAGUUUUCCGAUGUGCUGCAGGAUCGCUACACAGUAUGCUCAGUUUCUCGCUACGCAUCCACGGAAGCGCUCGGCAGGAUCUUGCAAGGCAGCGCGUCCAAUAUCGCCUUAGGGCACCACGCUGGCGAUGCAGGCGUGGUUUUCUUUGACGGCACCUGGCAAACAAAGAAGACCGGGCAACGCAUGAGCACCAAGUGGACCACGAUCUGCGCGUCCCCAGGUGCUCCCUACGUCUUCGUGGACGGGAUCAAUGUUGGGACGGCGAGCUCAGACAGCUUCACAGAUCAGAGCAUCGUGAUCAACAGUGGCUUCGUGGCGGAUCAGGUGUCGAACUGGGCAGUCAUGGAGGUGAUGACAUGGAACUAUGUCCUGACCGAGAAGCAAAUGGAAGAUGCUUCCACGUACUUGAUGAAGAAACUGAUGGUGGGUGCUGCAGAGGACAGCUGCCGCGUAGUCCUGCGAAACCCGAGUUGGUGGGACGGCAGAAGCUGGAGCUCUUCGAGAAAGAGAUUCAAGAUGAAGAUUCGCAAAGUAAUCAAGAAGCAACUCGACGCAGCCACUCGCGGCCCAAGAAAAGACUCGCAACUGGACUCUCCAUCUGGCUGGUGCGCCCAGACGACAACCCGCAAAGAAUAUCUUGAGAUCGACUUGAAGGCUGUGGAGAAGGUCAUAGGCGUGAUCAUCCAAGGGGAACAUGACAGUGACAAUUGGGUCCACUCUUUCAAAGUCCAGUACAAGGCAUCGGCCAAAGGCGUUUGGCAGACCAUCCCGGCACGAUUUACCGGCCUGGCCCAAAAGACAGAGGAGCAUGUCAGAGCCUAUUUCUCCGAGCCUGUGGAAGCUCAUGCCAUCCGCCUCACAUCCUUCAGCGUGCACAACGAGCUCUGCCUUCGGGCAGCCGUCAUGGUCUGUCAGGGGAAGCUGGAGAAUGAGGUCACGCUCCUCCAGGCCAAGACGUGCCCGACCAACUACAACAGCCAAUCUUGGAGCGAAUCCGAUCCUGCCAGCAGGCAUCUCCGGAUCGGCGGCACGAAGGAGUGUUUGGCGCUGGAACAGCUGGAGGAAGCCCACCAGUUGGAGACACCUCAAUGCUAG